UGCUGCAUCUCAGCUGAUGAUGCCAAGCUCGCUAGCUGCCUGCGCUACGGAACUUAGCAUGUAGCAAGCUAGCCUGUAUAGUCUUUUGCUGUUGACACGUUUAGCUAGUGUGUGGCUAAAUGCAUGUGCCGUUGUAGCCUUCUGCAGAUGUGUCUUCUUGCGGGAUACAUGCUUGUCAGCUGCUUUUCCGCUUGGGUGUGUGAACGCUGCCGUCUUUCCAAGCAAUAAAGAUUGUUUUAAGACGUGGUUCUGGAUUUAUGAUGUUCAAAGAAUUCAUCACAUCACCUGACCCCUCUCGGCCCGUCAACCCACUUAUAAUUUAUUAAACCCAAACUUAAUCCCGCAUCCCCGCUUGGAGUCACUAUGAUCAUUUGUGCUGACACAACCCUGCCCUGUGGGACGAGAACCCCCCGUAAUCCAGCUCAUCAAAUGAUAUGAUAGUAGCUGCCUGGAUCAGUUACUGUGCCUGCAGGAGCCUCGCACAGGUUCUGCUUUUCCUUUCUUCCGCAAACACCUUUCCGACCCUGUGGGAGACCCUCGCUGGCCGUGGAGCCAUGGGUAAUAGCUGCGUGUGCCGGGAUGACAGCGACUUGGAGGACCAUCAUCACAGGGCCUCCAGGGGGUCACGAGGACAACCCAGGCGGGUGGAUCAUGGUACAGGCCCGGCUAUCGACACGGGGGAGUCUCGUAGCGGUCGCCCGAGAGACCCUGUCAGACCCCCGCGUAGGGGGCGUGGUCCCCACGAGCCACGGCGGAAGAAGCAGAACGUGGACGGCCUGGUGCUGGACACACUGGCUGUCAUCAGGACCCUUGUAGACAAUGACCAAGAGCCCCCUUAUUCCAUGAUCACUUUACACGAGAUGGCGGAGACGGACGACGGCUGGCUCGAGGUUGUCCAGUCCCUGAUUCGUGUGAUACCAUUGGACGACCCGCUUGGUCCUGCAGUCAUCACCCUUCUAUUGGACGAGUGUCCCCUGCCCACUAAGGACGCUCUCCAGAAACUCUCAGACAUGCUGAGUCUGAGUGCGGCAGUGGCCCGACAGGACGCUCUGAGCCCUGCCAAACACAGAAACACCACAGCUGUCCUGGGAUGUCUGGCUGAGAAACUGGCUGGCCCGGCCAGUAUUGGACUGUUGAGCCCUGGAACUCUCGAGUACCUUCUAGAAAGCCUGAGUUCUGAGGCACACCCUACUGUCAUGCUGUUUGCGCUCAUAGCCUUGGAGAAGUUCUCUCAGACCAGUGAGAACAAACUGACAGUGUCCGAGUCUUGUAUAAGCAACAGACUGGCUGUGUUGGAGUCUUGGUCAGAGCAUCCCGACUACCUGAAGAGGCAGGUUGGAUUCUGCUCACAGUGGAGCUUAGACAACCUAUUUCUGAAAGAAGGGCGUCAGUUCACCUACGAGAAGGUCAACCUCACCCAUAUCAAUGCCAUGCUCAACAGCAACGACGUCAGCGAGUACCUCAAGAUCUCCCCUAGUGGAUUAGAGGCACGGUGUGACGCCUCCUCCUUUGAGAGCGUGCGUUGUACGUUCUGCGUGGAUUCUGGCGUUUGGUACUAUGAAGUGACGGUCAUUACAUCGGGUGUGAUGCAAAUCGGAUGGGCCACCAAGGACAGCAAGUUCCUCAACCAUGAGGGUUACGGGAUUGGCGAUGAUGAAUACUCAUGUGCAUACGAUGGCUGCAGGCAGCUCAUCUGGUACAAUGCUCGCAGUAAACCUCACGCUCACCCCUGCUGGAAGGAAGGAGAUGCUAUUGGCUUCCUGUUGGACCUCAGCAAAAAGCAGAUGAUCUUUUAUCUGAACGGACAUCAGCUGCCGCCAGAAAAACAGGUCUUCUCCUCAGCCACGUCAGGCUUCUUUGCGGCGGCCAGUUUUAUGUCAUACCAGCAGUGUGAGUUUAACUUUGGCGCCAAGCCUUUCCGCCACCCGCCCUCUGUCAAGUUCAGCACCUUUAACGACUUUGCCUCGCUGCUCCCAAGCGAAAAGAUCAUCCUGCCCAGACAUCGGCGUCUGGCUUUAUUGAAACAAGUUAGCAUCCGGGAUAACUGCUGCACGCUCUGCUGUGACGUCAUGGCUGACACAGAGUUGCGACCCUGUGGACACGGGGGUAUGUGUAUGGAGUGUGCCUUACAGUUAGAAACGUGCCCACUGUGCCGCCAGGACAUCCAGACUCGCGUCAGACUCAUUGCACAUGUCUCCUGACACGCUCCACACUCCUCCUGUAAGGAGAGAUGCACAAGCCCCGCAGCCACCU